AUCUGCUCGUCUGCUUCAAGGCUAAACAAAGAUCCUUCAGCAUUGCAUUCCUACUUCAGCUACUGUCGGAUAAUGAUUAUCCUGAAACUGCUGACUCUCGCCCUCACGAUCUUUCCAAAAGGGAAGGUUGUGUUCGGUCAUGAUUCCUGCGUAGAUGGAUGUCCAACAUUCCGUCUCUCGGGCUUCAUGGUGUCUCUGGAAGGCGAGUCUCAUACAAUCAGGUCGCGGCCGAAUGAUGGCGAAGUGACAGUCAAAGGACCAGGUUUACCAUGGGCUGGAAAGACACUGAAAGGUUCUCCCGACCUCUGGCAGGACAUCAGUGUCGCAUCAGGUCAUCCGUUUUGUGUGACCGCCCCUGCACUGCGCCAGAGUUGUGGACCUGAACAAUACCUGGAGGUGAGAACAGACUCCCCAAGUUCCUGGAUGCUGGACUGUAGCCAUACGUCAUGCGCGUACGAAGGCUGCAAUAUCCAGCGAAUGAUAUUCGUGCGCAUACCCGUGGACGAGGCUGUGACGCUAUAUUGGUACCCGGGCGAGACAUCAGGAGUGCGAAUCAUCGGGCCCGGCCUGUGGAAUACCCUCGGGGUGGACGAGGGGGCGAGGCAACAGUGGCACGAUUUUCAGAUUCGGCCGCCGCGGGGAGAUAAGAAAUGCGGUCUUGUGAGCGACAGCCUUGGAAAGAAUUAUAACUGCAGUCAAGCGUCUAACGACAAAUCCUCCAUAUACAUCCAGAGCAACACUGCAGCAGGCUGGGCUCCGAGCUACUGGGCAUUCGGGUGCGGAAAAGCCCCAGCAGAACAACCUAAUCCGGAAGUUACUCUCAAGAGUCCAUUAAAGCCAGGAACACCAAUUCUAGGAACACCCACAGUCCCCGAGAAGCUAACAAGUGGUCCAGAUUGCACUACAGAUGGUACACGAAGAGGACAUUGUGUGUUAAUCGAAUACUGCCAAAAGUUAGACACAGCCUUGGGAGUAAUGAUUUUCCACAACUUUGUAGAACGAUACGGAUGCGGACAGGUCACAGACGGCAGUUUUGGAGUCUGCUGCCCGAUUGAUUGAAUGUAGCCUGGGGGCUCUCUCAGACUCCAUAAACCUCCGCUGAAUGUGAUAGAUGCCCCCAAAGCCGAAGGAAAGGUGGAAUGGUUGAGCCCGUGGACCGGAGACACAUUUACACAACCUUUUUUUUUUUUUGUGAAGAAACUGACCAUGUCUUUUUGUUACACAACUUCUGUAUUUCUGUAAACCUGUGGCGUGAAACUUCACUGUAGGUUGCGCUUAAAAGGAUAAAGUUUUGAAUUUUACGCAAGAGUUACCACCUGUUACUAUGAUUCUCUAUCAAUAAGAUUUUGUAAAGUAUUAUAUGCUUUAUAUAUCAACUGAACAGUACAUCUAUAAAAGAUAAUGAUAACUGUAAUAGAUAAAGUUAGCUGUUGUCUCAUUGCUUUCCAUUGCAUUGAUAAUAAACAGCCAUGUGUUACUCUGCUUCAAGAUAAUAAACAGCCAUGUGUUACUCUGCUUCAAGAUAAUAAACAGCCAUGUGUUACUCUGCUUCAAGAUAAUAAACAGCCAUGUGUUACUCUGCUUCAAGAUAAUAAACAGCCAUGUGUUAC